AUGGCCUCAGGAGAGUGGAGCUGGGUGGCCGACUUCAGUAGCCAGGUCAAGAACGUGAAUCCCUCGGACGAGCUGGAGCUCUGGAGGAAGCAAUCCAUCUACAGGGUGCCUGCAUGCAUCAAGGAUCUCAACAGCAAAGCCUACAAGCCUCAGGUGGUGUCAUUUGGGCCCUUCCACCACGGCGAAGCCCAGGUGAUGCCCAUGGAAGAGCACAAGCACAGAGCCCUCCUCCACUUCCUCAAGAGGUCGGUGAAGCCCUUGGAAGACUUCGUGACUGAAAUGGAGGAGGUGGUGGAGCAACUGCAGGAUGCCUAUCAGAACCUCGACGAGCACUGGAGGAGAGGUAGACAGGAAUUCUUGCAGCUUAUGAUUGUUGAUGGAUGUUUCAUGCUUGAAAUCAUGCGUGUCUCCACCGGGCGCUCCAAUGAUUAUACCUUCAACGAUCCCAUCUUUAGCAGUCAUGGGGUGCUCUACACUGUGCCUUACAUAAGGAGGGACAUGCUGAUGAUCGAGAACCAGUUACCUUUGUUGGUUCUGGAGAAGCUGGUUGCCGUUGAAACCGGCAAAUCUAGGAUCGAUGAUCAGAUCAACAAGCAGGUUCUCAAGUUCUACGCUCCCAUCGCCCGGCCCCCGCCGCCGGGCCUAGGCCUAGGCCUCCACCCCCUCGACCUCUUCCGCAGGAGCUUGCUCCAUGGCCCUACCCACCGCUCCCCCACCCGGUCGGAGACGGGGUCCAGCGAGAUCAUCCGGUCGGCGGUGGAGCUGUACGAGGCUGGCAUCCGGUUCAAGAGGAGCAAGACGAGCAGCCUCCGUGACAUCAAGUUCAGCCACGGCGUCCUCAGCCUCCCCGUCAUCGUCGUCGACGACAACACCGAGUUCAUGUUCCUCAACCUCAUGGCCUUCGAGCGCCUCCACGUCGGCGCCGGCAACGAGGUCACCUCCUACGUCUUCUUCAUGGACAACAUCAUCGACUCUGCCAAGGAUGUCAGCUUGCUGAAUUUCAGGGGGAUCAUCCAGAACGCCAUCGGGAGCGACAAGGCCGUGGCCAAGCUGUUCAACAGCCUUUCCAAGGACGUGGUGCUGGACCCGGAGAGCAGCCUGGACCACGUGCACCGCGAGGUGAACGAGUAUUGCCGCAAGAGGUGGAACAUGUGGCGGGCCAAUCUCAUCCACACCUACUUCAGGAGCCCAUGGGCUUUCCUCUCCCUGGCCGCUGCCAUCUUUCUCCUCCUGAACACGGUGGCACAGACCCUUUACACCGUCUUAUCUUACUACCAACAGUUGGAGAGUGGUGGCUCCCCUCCUUCGCCGCCCGAGCUCGCGCCACCUCCAUUCCAUUCUCCCCAUUGAGUGAUUAAAUGCUUCCGUUGGUGCGCCACCUCCAUUCCAUUCUCCCCAUUGAGUGAUUAAAUGCUUCCGUUGGUGCGUUUGGUGUGGUCUUCGUUGAUGGGUUUAACUUUCGUGGGCUGACAUGAGGGAUUUUU